CACAACAAGCCCUUCUUUCAAAGAGACUGUUUUCAUUGUUCCCAUGACAACUUAAAAAAAAGACAUGAUGAAAAUGCAUUGGGUACCAUUGAGCAUGGCUGUUUCUAUAGCAACAGGAAGAGAGAGAAUGGAUGAGUAAGCGGCAGUAGCUACGAGUGUGUGAGAAUUAACAUGUGUGUGUAAGAAAUAUAAACAGAGUAUUUAUUGUAUUGAUUUGGAUGAUUAUCCGAUUUCUUUUUGUGACAUAUCAAUAUUAUCUACCUGUUCUUCCUCUAAAUCCCAACCUUCACCCCAUACACACACUUUCACACAAUUGUGCUCCCUCCAUUGCGCAUAUAGCACUCCUUGCCUUCCCACCAUUUCUGUCUGUGUGUCUUUGCACCUCCUCCCCACUCCACAGUGGAUUUCCUCUCAGAGAGGGAGCGUGUGGUGUGUAAUCAGAUGACAACGACUGAUAAUCCAGCAAUACACCUACUCUGUUGUCCUGUUCACUUAGAGCUGAGCGAGAGAGCAAGAGUGGAGGAGAGGAGAGAAGUGAAGGAGGCGGGAGCCGUCUGGGCAGAGGGGAAGGAGACGAGAGACGGAAGUGGGAGUAGAUAUUUCAAUAUGGAGGAAGGACAACGACCUACAUCUGAGAUCUACCUUCCAAGCAUCAGUCUUGGAUCUGUGGACACUGAAACAGUGGAGGACCAUGAGCUGCCAAUUAUUUCUUUAUCCAAAAGCUCAACAGAAAUGGUGAGUGGACCUCCUCAACGAACGGAGCUGGCAUGGUACAGUCAGAACUUGCGUAAGAGCGUAAGCAGUGCAGCAUGUACUCAAAGGCCUAUCAGUCUGGGUGGACCAUCGACGGGAGUCCCUGUGAACGUCUGUGACCAUGAACAGGGGAGCAUGUGCAGUGGCAACAGUACACCUGAGACUGUAAUCUGGCACGGAGGAACUGCAAGGUCCUGGAGCUUCAUGGAGGACUCACCCAAAAGGACUCCAGUGCAAGAUCCACUCCUGGGGCAAAAUCAGGUCCAUAGUGGUCCACACUCACCAUCCACAAAUAGGGAUUUAAGGAUGAAGGGUCUGGUGUGCAGAGAGGGAUGUUGUCGAUGUUGCGGACCUGCAGAGAACCUGACAGGAUGCAGCUGUUGCAGAAUGCCUUGUAGAAUGAGUUCUUCGGGUCUUAGCAACAACUUCACACCACAGGGAGAGAGUACAGAAGACCAUGCUCAGAGCAACUGCAAAAGCCAUCAUUUAACUGCAUGCCAUACCUUUUCUGGACACAUGAUAAGCACUGCCUGUUUGAGGAAUACUUGCAGUGUUUUUCCAUGCCCUGGACAUUUGAUAUCACGGCCACCUUGUGCAGGAAGCCCUUGUGCAGGACAAAGAUCACUGCUCCAUUCAGGCUUGCUUGGUUUUCCACCACUUGUGUCCUCAAUCAGUGAGACCAGACUUGACAGCCGGAGUACAGGCCAUUGCUGUGGAUCCGAGUUAAGAGGGCAGAACUCUUCCUGCCUUAGACUAGACAGAACAGUCCAGACUGGCUUUAACAGGACAGUCAAAGAUGCCACUACUAUGACAUCUGACCAUGAGCUCAGAGAUGUUGGUGUGCAGACUGCGUCUGAUUCCCUUGCUUCCCCUCUUUCUCACUUAUUACCUGAAAUUAGUUUGAGAGUGGAUCCUACCUUGGACACACCUUUAAUCGCAGAACGCAUGUGUCAUAAGACCCCUGUGAAGGAGGUGGAAUGGGAUGCUGAGGGUAUGACCUGGGAGGUGUAUGGUGCAGCUGUGGACCCUGAAGAGCUUGGCCUAGCAAUCCAAAAGCACCUGGAACUUCAGAUCAAAGAGACUGCAGCUGCUGCAGCUGCAGCUGUGACUGCUCAAAAGGAAGACUCCACGGACAAUGUCAGCAGCCUGGCACUGCAGCCCAGGCAACGGAAGAAGAGCGAAGGCAUUAUAAGAACACUGCGCAGUUCAGCGUGUUGCUCUAAUGCCAGUAAUGUGGGAGACUGAAGUGAUCAGUAAAGGGGCGGAGCUUGUCUUUUCAGUAUGUGGAUGCCUAGAAAAGGUAAAACAGAAAGGUAUAGGCUUUUGCUGGAAGGUGUAAAUGGAUUGAAAAUAGCCCAUGGCAUAUAUGCUUAUUUAGCUAAAGCAAAUGGUCCUUUAAAUAAUAUCUCUAAAUAUUCCAAAGCCUUGUCUGUUUAGUUGAGGCUAUUAAAGCUCCACUAUUGGAUUAGUAGACCAGUGAUGUUUAGAGUUACAUUGCUAGCUAGCGUUGCAUAGAGCUACCAUUCAAAGUUUACUUAUAAUGGUGUGUUUAUACCUACUAUCACACAUGGCCUUGUCCCUGUCUUGACCUCCAAUUUAUCUUUUAGAUGCCCCUUUUGGCUCGAAAUACCAAAAUGAUGAUUUUGGUAACCCCUGAGUAUCUUUUUGCUAAUUAUAGGCUAAAAAUGUCUGGUUGUACUAGUUGGAUUUUGUCAAGCAAACAACAGAUUACUGAACAUUAGCUAGGGAUACAUUAAAAUUAUUGGAACUCUUGGAAACCCUGAAGGGCUCCCUGGAGCAGAUCUUAAGUCUAGUUCUGGUCAGUCUAUGUGAUAGCCCUCAAAUCAUGGUGGAUUUAGAUUUCUUUGUUUUCUGUUCUCACAAAUUCAUGGUGUUAAAACCUUUGUAGUCAGCACUAAAUGGCAGAAAUUCAUCUUAUUUUUUUUAUUUUUUGUCAGUUAUUUCUUGCCAGAUUCUAUGGCUAUAGAAACAUAAUUUACAAACAACUGUCAACUUACAACCAUCUACUGUAUGUUGUUACUGAAUUCACUGAUCUUGAUGCAAAUGGUGAUUGGUCCAGUGAUGGUUUUGCCUGGUGGAUUAGAGUGGGCUCAAGGCCAAAAUCAACCCACAGAGCUAAAAAUAUGAAUGCUCAUGAGGUCUGUGGGUGUGUAAAGCUAGGUUCUUAUCAGACCUACUGAUGAUUAGCAAAUAUAGACUCAAGGUCAAUGUUCCUGCACUUAUAUAGUACAUUAUGAGCUAAAACUAAGCCCCAGUCCUGGUUCUGUGCUAAGGGACAAUCUCAAUCAAUUCAAAAAGUAAAACAUGUACACUUUGAUUCUGGUGCCAAAAUCUGACCUAAAAAAUCUCUCCACUAUUUACAUGCCACAAUUUAAUAAUGAAGAAUAUUUUGUGGUUGCAUUCUGUUCAGAAACAGAGUGAGGACAAAGAUAAUUAUGGCCAUUUUCACAUCAUUUUACAUAUUCAUAAAUCUUUUUUGUUAUAUAAUUUAAUUAAUGCUUAUAGUUUGUUCAUUAUAAUGUUAAAAUAUUAAAGUUAAAAUGGUUCAUAUGACAUUCAGUGUAAGAGUUUUUUUUAUGUAUAUCAUGAUCACAUGUGCUAUAUCAUGACUAUAUUUUAUACAGAAUCAGUCAUGGUUUUGUUAGGGAAGUUAGGGAUUGUAUUUAGAGCAAUCUCUGUCAAUAAUGUUUAGAUUAUAUUCAUUUAAAUAGCAUGACACUUAUUGUAGGUAAUAAAAUGUGUAUACAGAAUCUCUGACCAAAUCAACAGUAUACCGUGCUGCGCAAACUGCUUUUGUUUUUCUUUGCCAAAGCUAUCUGACAUCUUUUUUGGACCACAGCAUUGUGAUUUAAAAUAAUAUAGAUAUUACUGGAUCAACACCUUACAGUAUGAUGAAAACAAGCUUUAUGUAGGCUUUCUACAGAAAAAAAAACUACACUUAUGUGUUUUAAUAUUGAGAAUACUGAAUGUCUUGAAAUGUAUGAGCAACAAUAAAGCAUUUGGUAAACAA